AUGAGAUCGCAGAUUCUAGACCAAUUACACGACAAUCACGAUGGUAUCGUGAUUACAAAGGCUCUAGCCCGGAGCUACUUUUGGUGGCCAGCUAUUGAUCGACAAAUCGAAGAGAUGAUCAGAGAAUGCCCUAUAUGUGCCGAAUACAGGAACAUGCCACCAAAAGUAACACAUCAGUGGAUAAGACCAGAGAAGGCGUGGUCUAGGCUACAUAUAGAUUAUGCUGGACCCUUUCAAGGCAAAGUAUUUUUGAUUGUGAUAGACGCCUUUUCUAAAUGGCCAGAAGUAAAGAUAGUGUCAAGUAUGAAUAGUAUUACAUUAAUUAAAGUACUGAGGGAAAUAUUUGUACAGCAAGGCAUACCGGAUACAAUAGUAAGUGAUAAUGGAAGAAGCUUUACAUCCCAGGAAUUCAAAAAUUUUCUGGCGGCGAAUAACGUGAAACACGUAUCAGUGGCACCGUAUCACCCGGCAUCGAAUGGGCAAGCGGAAAGAACAGUACAGACAAUCAAAACCAAAUUAAAAAAGUUUUCAUCAGAACCAUGGGACAUUAAAUUAUCGAAGAUGUUAUAUGGCUUACGUACUACUCCUAACAGCGUCACGGGCACUUCACCGGCCGAGUUGUUAAACAAGAGGAAAUUUAAAACAAAAUGGGAUAAUUUGAACCCCUUGUCGAUGAAAAAUAAUGAACAGGUCAAAGCUAUUGAGAAUAAUGAGAAGAUACAACCUAGAACAUUCAGAAUUGGACAACAGGUUUAUGUGAGGAAUUAUUGUGGGAAUACUCGCUGGCUUAAAGGUACUGUUGAAAAAAUAAUUGGAGCUUGUAGAUAUUUGGUCAGGUGGAAUGGUAGACUACUAAUGAGACAUAUUAAUCAGAUUCAAAGGGGAACAAAUACCACAAAAGAUCAGAAGUCUGAGAGAAGGGUGGAAGCAGGAACAACCAGUGAUGCCGUUCCCAGGCGAUCGGGGAUAAUCCUACCUCACCCUAGUCAAUGGGCGGAGAUGAUUGGGGUUUCGGGACCGCAGGACAUAGUUUUAAAUGAAGAACUUGUCACAUCUAAUAGAAAUAAGAGAAUUCGGUCACCCUCUACAUCUUCACCACCAUCGAAGAGAAUAUCUCUGGAAGACAGUGAUGAUAAUGAUGAACCUCAAGACAUAGAGGAAGGAAGUGAUCAGCAACCCUGA